AUGAACAUUCAAUGUUUUAUUCUCUUAUACUCUCUGUUCAUUCUGUCGUCUGGGGUAUUGGGGAUUGGCGUAGAGAAGCUCGUCUCAAGAACAGAUGACCGUGCCUUGAAGCGCUUCUUGCAGGGGAAAGGAAAGGGGCGAGGAAGCCGCUCAAGUAGCGGCGAGAAGAAACGCACCAGCUCCAAAUCUACAAAAAGCAAAAUGCAGAAAAGCUUGAGGUCAAAACAAUCAUCUUCGCCCACCUCUUCUGCCUACCCAACACCAUCUCCUACCCCUCCACCAACGGUAUUACCUACUCAUGCAUUUGUGGCGAUAACAGCAUCGACGAAAAGCAAAAAGGCGGGAAAAAGCCGAAGUGGCAAAAGCAGAUCAAGCUCAAGUAAGGCAGGAAGCAUGCAAAUUCAGUAUGAUGCAACCGUCGAGUUCCUCAAAAGCUCGAGUCUCAUUCCUUCAGCCUUGGAAUUGGACAAUCUAAUGAUGGCUGCCUUUCAACUACCUGCUGUGCAAACUCUUCUACUUCUCCUUGGAAAUUUACCCGAACAGAAUCCCUUUUCGUCAACAGGAAAAGUCGCCUACUCGCGUUUGCCAAGAGUCGGUGAGGGCCAAAUAGCAUUGGCAACAGGGCAAGGUCUUUCUGUAGUCGGAAUCGCUGCUCUCGUGACAACCGUUGCUCUUGUAUGUGCUAUUGGUGGCGCAUGCACUGUUCAGAAGUGCAGCGAAUCGGCACUUCUACAAAGGUAUAAGCUAACUGCGUUGGACGACAGGAUACAUGGAGUUCACACAAUGGAAGUGAUUGAUUCCACAUCUGAUUGCUCAUCGUCAAUCGGAGGGCCGUCCAUAAAUCCUCUCGGUGGUAUAGAAUGCGAUGAUGAUAUGACGAUAGAGUUUGGUCCUAACGAAGAAACACGUGGUGGAUAUGACCCCCUCUUCCAGGCUCCCUUUAGGAUUUCGCAAGGAGAUCUGAUACGAUGA